AUGGAGAUAGUGAACUUGAAGGCAUCGUUUACCAGGAAGCUAAACCCAGAUGGGUUUAGGCCCAUGCACCUUGCUUUGCAGAAUGAAGACAUGCUAAUGGUGAUGUGGCUCAUAGAUUUUGAUGGAAACCUUGUCCGUGUCAAAGGAAAAGGAGGUGUCACUCCUUUGCAUCAUGCAGCUGAAAAAGGAAACUCGUCUAUUUUGAAAGAAUGCUUUAAAGGUUGCCCCGAAUCUAUCAAAAAUGUUACCUUUCAAGACGAUACUGCUUUACACUUUGCAAUAAAGAACCACGAUGCUUUUGAAUUGUUGUUGAUGGAAUGGCUUAGGCAGUCUGAAUUCGAAGAUGCUGAAUUUUGGGAAAGAGAGAUCCUCAACUGGAAAGACCAGGAAGGUAAAACGGUGCUGUACAUUGCUGCUUCGGAGAAUGGAUGGAAUGAUCAACACCAGAUACUAAAAAUGAUGCUGCGAUGUCAUGCUAGAACUGGUAUAAAAGAUCAUAAUGGUUUGACGGCCAAGGAAAUCCUAAAAGGCCAAGUUGGAUUACAUGCAGGAACGACAAAUUUGGAAUAUGCAGGCAGCCGGUACAGGAUUUUUGUUUCCAUUAAUAUUAUUAUAUAG